AUGAAGCUCACCUUCACCGCUGUCUUUGGCCUCGCUGCCACUGGCAACACCAACAUCAAGUUCCCCGUCCCCGACAAUAUGACCAUCAAGCAGGCUCAGGCCAAGUGCGGUGACCAGGCUCAGCUCUCUUGCUGCAACAAAGCCACCUAUGCUGGUGAUACCACCGACGUCAACUCUGGCAUUCUCGGUGGUACUCUAUCCAACCUCAUCGGAGCAGGCUCCGGUGCCGAUGGUGUCGGUCUGUUCGACCAGUGCUCCAAGUUGGAUCUCCAGAUCCCCAUUCUCAUUGCCGUCCCCAUCCAGGACUUGAUCAAUCAGAAAUGCAAGCAGAACAUUGCCUGCUGCCAGAAUUCCCCUUCGUCAGCCAACUCGGACCUUGCCGGUGUUGGCCUGCCCUGCGUUGCUCUCGGAUCCAUUAUUUAG